UUAUUUUCAUCAGCCAUUUCGCUUCGUUCAGACAUUGAGUCAAACAACAAGAAGAACAAGCAUUAAGGGAAACGUUUUUGCCCAGAAAAUUACUGAAAAUUACAAAGAUAUUAAUUUUAACUCUAAAAUAAAUAAAAACGUAGCUAGAAAAUGACAACAGCUGCCAGGCCAACAUUUGAUCCAGCCCGUGGCGGCAGUGGUAAGGGGGAAAAAGAUCUAAGUGCCCUGAGCAAACAGUACAGCAGCAGAGAUUUGCCUGGACAUACCAAAUUGAAAUACAGAGAAUCUGGCCAAGGUACCUCUGAUGAACUGCGCAAUCGUGAUUUCCGCAAGGAACUUGAAGAACGUGAAGCACGGCCAAGCAAAAAUCUUCCAUCGAUUGUGCGAAAGGCCAUCGAGGCCAACAAUUCUGCCAGCAGUACACCGAGCAGCAAACGCGCAAAGCUAGAUGCACCACCAGCCCCAACAAAUCUCGAUGCCGAUGAUCCGGUGGAUAAUGACAGUUCCGACUCGGAUUCGGACUCAGAUGAUGAAGAUGACACCGCAGUGCUGUUAGCCGAGUUGAAUAAAAUCAAACAAGAACGAUUACAGGAGGCCGCUCGCAAAGAACAAGAAAAGAAGCAGGAGGAGGAACGUAUUCGCAUGGAAAAUAUUCUAUCGGGAAAUCCAUUAAUAAAUUAUGCUGCGGGUUCGGGAGCAACAGCCAGUAAGGCUGUGGCAGAUUUGAAAGUUAAACGCCGUUGGGAUGAUGAUGUAGUAUUUAAGAAUUGUGCCCGCACAGAACCCGAAAAGAAGACACAUUUUAUCAACGAUUCUCUGCGUAGUGAGUUUCACAAGAAAUUCAUGGAGAAGUAUAUAAAGUAGUUUACAAUUAAGGAUUUUCUUCAUUUUUCCGUAUCUUUUUUUUAAACUUGAGAAAAUUAAAAUACAUUAGAUAAUUAGACU